AUGAAGUUUAGUAAGCGCAGCUUUUAUACAUUUGUUUGUCUGCAAGUUUUUCUUUUCUUCUCUAUUAACUUAGGAUGCCUGCAAGCCGGUGCUUCAGGAAGAGAGACAGAUAAACUUGCUUUGCUCAAAUUCAAACAAGGGAUAACCAGUGAUCCCCAUGGAAUCUUCAACUCAUGGAAUGAUUCUCUCCAUUUCUGCCACUGGACUGGAAUCACAUGUGGUCGCAGCCAUCAAAGAGUCACCUCCUUGGUCUUAGAAGGGCAGAAUCUUUUUGGUUCUGUGUCACCAUAUAUUGGCAACCUCAGUUUUCUUAGGUUGAUCAACCUCCAAAACAACAGCUUAAGGGGCGAAAUUCCGCAGCAACUUGGCAAGUUGUUCCGACUGCAGAAGUUCUUUGUCAACAAUAACUCAUUAAAUGGUACAAUUCCACUCAACUUGACUCGCUGUUUCCAGCUCAACACAAUAUAUUUACAGUGGAAUAAUCUUGCUGGAAAGAUCCCAGAAGAACUUGGCUCCCUGCCAAAGCUGGAAAAUUCUCUGGUAUUUACUGCCAAUCAACUUAGUGGGAGUCUACCUGACAAUAUUUUCUUCACUCUCCCAAAUCUUCAAGCUUUUUUAGUCGGUGGAAACUAUUUGUCUGGCCCAAUUCCAAAUUCAUUGUCUAAUGCCUCUCAGCUUCAACUUGUUGAUAUGGGCAAGAACAAAUUUGUGGGACAAGUUCCGAGAAAAUCAAGAACCAAGCCUUCUGUUGCACCCUUAGAAAUGAACCACCUUCUAAAGGUAUCUUAUAAAGACCUUUAUCAAGGAACGGAUGGAUUCUCUUGUAGCAAUUUAAUUGGUUCAGGUGGCUUUAGCUCUGUGUAUAAAGGAUUUCUACCUCAAGUCCAAACACCAGUAGCUGUUAAGGUCCUCAACCUCGAGCAAACGGGUGCCAUUAAGAGCUUCAUGGCUGAAUGCAAUUCCCUGGGGAAUAUAAGGCAUCGAAAUCUUGUUAAGCUCUUAACAUGUUGCUCCAGCUUAGAUUACAAAACAAAUGCAUUCAAGGCAUUAAUUUUUGAAUAUAUGGGGAAUGGAAGCCUAGAAAAGUGGCUGCAUCCAUGUGCAGAAGGUGAAAAUCAGAAAAGAAGCUUGAACCUUCUUCAAAGACUCAAUAUCGCCAUUGAUGUAGCAUCAGCAUUGCAUUAUCUACAUGACCUCUGUGGAAAGCCUAUCAUUCAUUGUGACAUGAAACCCAUAAAUGUUCUAAUUGAUUAAGACAUGGUUGCUCAUGUAAUUGAUAUUGUACUAGCAAAAAUCUUCUCAUUCAACAUCAAUUUAUCUAUGAGUCAAAUCAGCACAACUAGAAUCAAUGUAACCGUUGGUUAUGUUGCUCCAGAAUAUGGAAUGAGUGGUAUAGCAUAGAAAUAAGCAGAUGUUUAUAGAUAUGGAAUUCUUGUACUAGAUAUUUUAUAAGAAAGAAUACAAAAUGAUGAAAUGUUAAGAGGAAUAAAUCUCCAUAAUUUUGUAAAGGCAGCAUUGCCAAAAAGACUUUUACAAAUUGUGGAUCCAACCCUUCUCCAUAAAGAAAUAGCAAAUGAAGAAUGUGAUGAUGAUGCCACAAUGGAAGCAGAAGAAACCAAUCACCAUGAGAACUUGAGCCAUGUUACAACAAAUUUGAGACAAUGCCUAUUUUCAAUGCUUGAAAUUGGAGUUGCAUGUUCAAUGGAAUCACCAAUGGAACGAAUGAAUAUGGCUGAUGUCAUGAACAAGUUGCAUUUGAUAAAGAAAACUUUUCUGAAUAUUCAGAUGGAGGGUGAUUGAGAGGUGCUUAUCGUUUCAAGAGAAAGUCAUAUUGAAUCCAUUUCUUCUGGUUGUGAUAUAUGUAAAUGUAUCUUUCUUAACAAUUCUCCGUUGUGCUAAUAAUUGAUGCUAUACUGAAACAAAUUGUGAUACAAUUUGAGUACUAUUAAAUUCUAGUUGUGAUCUAUGCAAAUAUAUCUUUCUUAACCUUUCUUCGUUGUCAUCUUGUUUUUGUAUUUUUUUGU